AUGCGGAAGGUCAGCCUCUCAAUCCUAGCGACGCCGUUGCUGCCCCUACUCUGCGUCCUCUACAUCAUUCUGCCUACCUCACACUUGGCUCGGGCCAUGCGCUGUCCGGCCUCCAAAUUUACAACAAACUGCAUUUCGCACUUCCUGUUUCUUAUCCUGCUAUCGGCUGCGACGUUUCGUCUGGAGGAGCGGUAUGAUAUACACGAGGCAGACAAUCCGGACGAGCUCUCCGUACGGUCCUGGUUGGAUCUGCAUUUUCGGCCCUCCAAAGCCAUCAUCACGCAUGUACAGAUAUGCAUUGUCCUGUGGAUUGCUGGUUAG